CAAGCCCUUUGUGUCCCUGAUUUUCAUCGGCGAAAGAGUAGCGGUUAGCAGCCGCAGAAACCAGCCGUUCUCGUACGACCCUUCCACGAUGAAGCUUCUUCCGGCCGCCCUCGGCCUCGUCGUCCUCCUCAUCCUCGUUCUAAAUCUCAAUAGUGUGGAGGCCCGGCCAGCCCCUGCCGGCGGCCAUCAGAACAAGUCGUCCAGCAACACCUUCUUCGUCUUCGGGGACGACUUCGCCGACAACGGGAACCUCCCACCGAACCCGUCACCAAGAUGUCGCGGCAAUGGGCCUACCCCUACGGCUCCGUGUAUACCGAUGCCCAUGGGUUUCCGCGACCAAAUACUCCGUCUGGCCGCUUCUCCAACUGCAAAAUCCAGUCAGAUUUCAUUGAUUAAUGCUUAUAUUGGAAAGGUGACAAAAGAGGUUGCGGCUAAUGUGGAGCAAUUGUUGAAGCUCGGGGUGAAAAAAGUUCUUGUCAACAACUUGCACCCUAUCGGUUGCACGCCGUCACAAACCCGAACCAAUAACUACACCGCGUGCGAUAUUUUUGGAAAUUUGGGUGCAUCAAUUCACAACGAUAACCUGAAACAAGUCAUGACAGUAAAGAAGAAUGUCCAGAUCAUCGACCUAUACACCUCAUUUACUAGUAUUGUGGAUCAUGCGCCAGGUAAAGGCUCGGAUCUAUCUAAGCAAUUCAAGCGCAAACUGUCGCCCUGUUGCGAGAGUUUGGAUUCGAAUGGCUAUUGCGGACAACAAGGCGAGUCGUCCUCAGAGCUUCUAUACACCGUGUGCGACAAGUCCGACAAAUUUUUCUAUUGGGACGACAUGCACCCCACACAUGCAGGAUGGGAGGCUAUCAUGAAACAGUUGGAAAAGCCCUUGAAGGAGUUUGUAGAUCAAGAGUAGGUAGCUAGGUUUUAAAUAAGUUAUCUAUGUAUGCAUCCAUGAUGACAAUCUUCUGAUUGUAUUUGUUUGAUAGUUUCAAGUAUUUCAAAGACUGGAUUUUCUAGGAUGAAUAUUAAAUUGCAUUUGCAUCUUCUUUUGUGAAAACUAUAUUUAUAAGAUGUAAUUAAUGUAUACCAUA